UUGACAUAAAAAAAACACUGUCUUGUGAAACAGUAAAGAAGAAAGACUGGGUUAAAAAAAGAUAUGUGCAGCAGUGGAUUGAGUUGGAGACUAAACAAACGAAUAGAUAACGUACUGAAAUAGCAUUCAGCCCGUCGCUGCUCAUUUCAGGGUCGGGCAGGCUGAGAAAGACAUGGGGAACAGUCUGACAGAACACUCAUGAUAAUUUGAAUUAUUAUCAUAGUUUAUGGGUUGAAAGAACGGACGCGUAUUUUCUGUCCCUCUUGCAAAUACUGUUUGUAAACUCGGCUAUCAUGAGACCAGGAAAGGAUUGCUUUAAAAAGUCACAUGAAGAAAUUAGAAUGACUCAUAACCCACAGCCUGUAGCAGGUUCUAUGCACUCAAGAUGAUCCAUUUCAUCGUUGACAAUGAUGCUUAAAGAAAUUUCAAAAUAUCUCAUGACUAGCUUCGCAUCUUUACCCCGAAGGAUAAACUCCAAUCCCUUUCAAUUCCAGAAAACCUCACUUUCCUUUAUUCACAGUUGCCAUAGUGCCAAGGAUUAGCCUACUCGCUGAUAAUCACCUUAAGCGCUGCAUAGCUGUUGAAAAGUUUAAAUCACUCUCUCAUCAAAGGGCAUGUGUUUGCUCCAUACUAUUUUUCUUUCUCAGUAGCCUAAGCUUCACUGUAAUGUGCAAUAAACUUCUGAUCCUUUUCCUCUCCACGCAUGCCUCAAAAACACAUUUUCCUCUCCACGCAUGCCUUAAAAACAUGUUAUACUGCUGGGCAGUAUAGUUGCAAUUGGAAGGAGAACGGUUUUAGGCUAUUUUACAAUAUUCUUCCCCGCCAAAUAAUUUGCCAGAGGUGCUCUGCCUCAAUGCACCAAACGCGUCGAGCACGUAGCCGAAAUGACAGGAACUGCGCCGUCAGAGCAAAGGGAGGGAGUGUGCAGCACACGGAUACGUUCAGUUUGCCAGUGUAAUCACACGAUAAGGCUUGACAGGCGACCGGGGGGAGGCAGAGAUAUGGAGGAGGAGAAACCCUGACAUUUUAGAGGCAUCUGUGAACGAGACCGGAUGGACACCGUGGUCGACCAUUAGCAGGUAUCAAUUUACCCUUGUGGAUACCGCAACGAUAUAUGACCGAUGCGAAUCACGCUCCAAGCCUCCGAGCGCAUAUGAAGACAACGUAGACUACAUACACGGAGGCGUAAGUUGCCUUGGUUUUUAGGAAUGUUAUGCCAUCUCCACCAUGCUUUCCCGUAACAUGCGUACGGCUGCUGUGGACUUGCCUGGGGUGGGAUCCAGGGAUGUGCCUCUCAUCGCCUACCGGCCCCUGCGGCCUGACACAGACCGGCCGUGUGAUGGCUCAGGCAAAAUGUCAGACAGAAGGCAAAGCGACACUACACAGGUAGAGCCUUCACCCAUGAAAACGACGUGGUACUGCCCACUGGACCUGUCGACUGUGUCCGAAGAGGAGGAGGACGGCAUCCUAUACACCGUCGUGGUGAAGCAACAGCAUGGCUCUCCCACUAGUCCACUGUCCCCCAGGUUCCGCUCGCGGUGUGUGAAGGCGGGCACGGAGGAGAAGCUGGUCCUCCACCUCCUGCACGCCUUCUCCAUGAGCGACUCGUCCUUCGUCUCCAUCUUCCUCUCCACCUACCGCUCCUUCACCACCACGGAGAGGGUGCUGGGCGUCCUCGCCGACAGACUAGAGCACCCACCUGGAGAGAGCAAGAGGACUCAGACGAGACAGGCGUUCAACAAGGCUGUGUGCACACUGUUCAGCACGUGGCUGACUGAGUACCCUGAAGACUUCCGCCUCCUGGGGGACCCCUCGUGUCUGCUGCGCGUGGCCCCCCUGCUCCCGGGGGACCCGGCCGGGGCCGACCUGAGGGAGCGCAUCCUGAGGGUGGCCGAGGAGCUGAGUGAGAGAGCGUUGCUCUCUGACCCACCCAGAGACAGGGGCUUCUCCGUCAGUUCCACGGGCGACAGGACGCUGUUUGAUGCCCGCCUCGUCCUCGGCUUCUGUGCCGACGUCAUCGCUGAGCAGCUCACUAAGAUCGAGACAGAGCUGUUUCUGCAGCUGGUGCCCUACCACUGCCUGGGCUCGCUGUGGUCCCAGCGGGACAAGAAGGGCCACGAGGGCCAGUGCUGGUCGGUGCGGGAGACGGUGCGCCAGUUCAACCGGCUGGCCAACGCCGUCAGCGCCUCCUGCCUGUGGCGCACGGACCUGCGCAGCCAGCAGAGGGCCCGGCUGUUAGAGAAGUGGAUCAGCGUGGCCGAGGCCUGCCGCGCCAGAAAGAACUUCUCCUCCCUCUACGCCAUUGUGUCUGCGCUCCAGAGUAACCCCUUGCACAGACUGAGACGGACCUGGCAGGAAACUGACAGGGAGGCGGUAAAACGAUACGAGGAGCUGUCUUCCAUUUUCUCCGAGCAAGACAACUACUCGCAAAGCCGCGAGCUCCUGAAGGAGGAGGGCACUUCUAAAUUUGCUAAUCUGGACUCGAAGUCCAGUGCUCAGGGCACGGUGCCGUACCUGGGCAUCUUCCUCACUGACCUCACCAUGCUGGACACUGCUGUAAAGGACAAACUGGAGAAUGGCUACAUCAACUUUGACAAGAGAAGACGGGAGUUUGAGGUUCUCGCCCAGAUCCGACUCCUACAGUCCUCGUGUAAAAACUGCUCGUUCACCUCAGACGAGGCCUUUCUGCAAUGGUAUCUGGGUGUACCCACGCUGAGCGAAGAAGAGAGCUACAGGCUAUCCAAUCAGAUCGAAGUUCCCUGUGAACCCAGCCCUGCCCGCAGUGUGAACCCCACUGUGGUCGUCACCCAGUGUCCCAGUAUGCACUUUGCUGUGAGCAAUCCUGCACUUGAGCCUGAAGGAAUAUUUGACUUCCCCUCGCCAGUCAACCAGCUCCUGUCCAAGCUUGCACGGCACAUGAAAUCCCCGUCUGUCUCCUGCCUGGAUGUCGACUCAUCCCCUCCUGUACCAGCUGACCCCACCCCCUCCGCACUGACGCCAUCCACACCUGUCAAAUCACACCGCCGGUCCGUCUCCUGCGGCAACAAUCCCACCAGUAACAACCAAGGGUCGGCGCCCGACAUGAGAAUCAUCCGGAUAGGCAUGGAUCUGCAAGAUGGAAAUUUGUACCGAAGCAUUCUGGUUACGAGCAAUGACAAAACUCCCUCGGUAAUCCGCUCAGCAUUAGAGAAGCAUAACCAGGACGGCAGAGAAGCCUCCAAAUAUGAGCUUAUCCAGCUGCUGCCGGAGGGGAAAGAAUUGACUAUUCCGGCCACAGGAAAUGUCUUUUACGCCAUGACCUCAUCGAGUGUCGACUUCCUGCUGAGGAGACGCAAGGGAAGCCCGCCGGCCGGGUCGCCGUCCAUCGGCACCGAGACCAGCGCCAGCGCCACCUUCCCUCGGGCCAAAACCAAAGCUCACCGGCUGGUCCGCACACUCUUCUGACGCUCGGCGUCCACUUCCAAGUAUUCACAAGGAGCCUACAAGGGGGGGUUAUGAUCCAGGUUCACAAAGUGAUCAAGAUUUCCUCGUCAGCUCAGCACAACUGUUGAACCAGGAGUUGAGACGAAUCAGCUGGCCCCUGUGUAUGAGCGAUGCAAAGCUCUGGACUUUUCUGCACUGGGCGAUGACCUAUGACCUUUUCAAACUCUGCCAUUCAAAGCACCAAGAGCCCAAGUACUGACUUCAUGACGAAGUCAACAUAGGUGACGCAUAAGUAGGAAGAAUACAUAUUUUUGAGGACCAGCUCAGUAUGUAUACACAUAUAUAUUUUAUUUUAUGAAACACAUUUCAUAUGCCAUGGUUUUAAUUGCAAUGCAAUCCAGUUGCAAUGGCCUUAAUCAAGAGGUUUUCAUUAAGAUGGAGGAGAAGUACAAGAGGUUCUUCUGAAAUUGCAGUCGUGUAUCUAUCUAUAGGGUCACCUGUUUGCCUUCAUGAUCAUCGUCAGAGAUUGUGUUUUCGGUUGCUGCAGUAACACAGGCGAACUAACUGAAACAUUACACUAACCUAGUGUUGAGAGCACUUACAGAUGGUACUUCGGACUUGCCCAGUGAUAUUACCUUCUCUCUGCACUGUUCCAUCUGCGCCCUAAAUGCGUGACCAUCCAUACUACCAAACCAAAGUUUUAAGUCUAAAUAUGCAUUAUGCUUCAACCAUCAUGAAGUACAUUACAUUUCAGCAUACUUGAAGCACUGCCGGCAUAGCUUUGACCAAAUAUUCAUCUGCACAGUUUUUCUUCUUUUUUUUUAAAGAAUAUGCAAAUAUUGGUAAAAAAUAGAGAAUGUAAAAAAGAAAAACAUUUAAGAGCAACAUAAGCUGGUGUAUGUAAUGCCUUAUUUGGGGUAUAGCUGAAACUGUUGAGGAAACAGUUUUUCGCUGGUUAGCUGUUAAGCUCUGGUGACACCUGGCUGCCUGUAUCAGUGGUGCUGUUGACGUCUCCCCCGAGACUGAGGCACUAAUAAGGGCUAGGAAGAGGAGGCGUUCUCGUGUCUUUGUCGUGCGUUCUGUUUGUCCCCUGUUGUUGCCUGUAGUCUCUCGUUGUUAAGUGCCUUGUGUUCUCAGGUGCCCAUGCCUUCAUGCAUGCUUUGAACUGCACUUGGUCAGAGUUCAAAGGUAGAGAGUCGUUUCUGUACAGUAUAAUAUGUCUAUGACCAAUGAUGAUGCACUACAGUACGUACUACCUGGUCUUGAUGUACAAUAAAGUUAUGUUUUGAUAUAA